AUUUAAUUGCUUUUAUCCCAACAAAGAUCUUCAUUUAGAGGAGGCUUCUUCCACCAAAAAGAUGAUUAAAAUUGUGCAAUGAAGCUUCUUCUUGCAAAAAGAUCAAAACAAACUAGCAAGUACAGAAGAUAAUCUCUAACUCUAUAAAUAAGCUCCAACAAACCAUCAAAUACACACAUUAAACUUUUUAACUAAUUAUAUAUUUAAUAUAUUCUGAUAGAAUUUUUUUAAUUAUUUUAUUAGUAAUUUAUCAUCUAAGAAAAUGGCAAGCAAUGCGUUGGCUCACUCUGGUGCAACUGUUGUCUCAAACAAGGGCUUUACUGGUGUAUUACCAGUUGGGUUGGGCCCACCUUUUGCAUUGUCCACAACACCACCAAAAAGGGCUUCUUUAAGGCCUUUGGGCCUGGUGGUCAAAGCCCAGCAAGGUGGUGGUUCCAUAGUUGACCCGAUGGAUCCAAGGGCAGGUGAACUGUUUCACAAGAAGGUUGCCCUUAUUGAUACAUCUCCUUAUGUGCGCACUCCUUGGAGCACAAAUGAGGAUGAGCACGAAAUCAGGAUGUGGUUCGACAUGCCAGGAUUAGCAGCCGAAAACAUAGAUGUAAAUGUGGUUGAUAAUCUGUUGGUAAUCAAGGGAGAAGGUGGAACUGAUGCAUUCGGGAAAAAGAUCUUUAACCCUUACGACAGUAGCGUUCAGUUGCCAUUCAACUCGUGGAAAGAAGAGAUAACAGCCAUGUUUAAGAAUGGUGUUCUUUACAUUACUGUGCCUAAGAUCACCAAAUUUGAGCACAAAAUUAUCCAUAUUCCUGUCAGAUCUGCUUAAACACUUUACAAAUCAAUUAAUAUUUCCCUAAUUGGGUGAAUGUGGGUUAUUCUGAAUCAAUUACAUCCUAAAUUAGAAGUUAUUACCAAAUAAUACUUUAUUUAAGACACAACUGAUUUUCUGUGGUUGUGCAGUGAUGUAAUGAUGAAAAUUCUAUUUUGCUA